CGUGCACCAAAUUAAGGAUAGGUCCUCUACCUUACUUUGCAAGUGACAGCUGUCGGUAGUUUGACACAGUUUGACGGGCAUCGUACGUGCAUCUCCUGUAACAUCAUCAACAUGUCCCCGAACUCUUUGGAAAUUAACAUGCCAAGAAACAAAAAAGCCUGCCACAACAUCAGACUCGGUUUUGGUUCAUCAGAGGCAACACGAUCCCCUCCUUCGCACGUCACACAAAUUAUUACAUGUUUUCCCAGGAUGCAUAGAUAAAACUUAACCAUUAUUUCUUCACGUGGGGUUUCCGUGAUUAUUAUUCAUAACCAAAUGUGAGCAAAAUGAUUGGGAAAGACAGCGGUGUUAUGAAGGCAUGGGAGGCAACGAUGAGAAAGACACAUGCAGUUGCCAAGAAGCGUGCCAACAGCAUAUUCGGGACGAUAUCUUUGGCACAUGUUACGGAUGAAGAAGAUAACAAUGAUGAUAAUGAGGAGGACGAGAGUUGGAACGAGGCGUUUGAAGUGUACAUUGAAGAGAAGGUUCUGUCAAACGGGGAUUACUAUACUGGUGAAUGGGCGAAUAACUUCCCACAUGGGUUAGGGAAAUAUCUUUGGACCGAUGGGUGCAUGUACGUUGGAGAUUGGUUUAAAGGGAAAACGAAGGGAAAGGGUAGGUUCAGUUGGCCUUCAGGGGCCACGUAUGAGGGAGAGUUCAAGGGUGGUUACAUGGAUGGGACAGGGACAUACACAGGGUCUAACGGCGAGACUUACAAGGGGCAGUGGGUGAUGAACUUGAAACAUGGUCAUGGUUUCAAGAGUUAUGUGAAUGGGGAUUGGUAUGAUGGGGAGUGGAGGAGGGAUUUGCAAGAUGGGGAGGGGAGGUAUGAGUGGCAGGAUGAGAGUCAUUACGUGGGGGAGUGGAGGAAUGGGAGUAUAUGGGGCAAAGGGAAAUUUGUUUGGGCUAAUGGGAAAGUGUUUGAAGGGUUUUGGGAAGAUGGUUUGCCAAAGGGGAAUGGGACAUUCAAGUGGCCUGAUGGGAGUUUCUAUGAGGGGACUUUCAGCAAAGAUGGUAAGGAUCCGAGUGGGACAUACCAUCCAAAUCCAAUUGAGGAAGAGGGGGAGGAGAAUCAUAAGGAAUGGGAUCCUCAAGAGUUGUAUAGUGAGUUGAGUGGUUACGUGGUGUGCCCUGGGGAGAAGGCUCAGGGUAUGCCUUCAAAUAAGAGGCUCUCGGUUUGGAGGUCUACCAAGGCAGGGGAGAAUGCCAGGAAUAGGAGGAUGUCGGUGGAUGGAAGGGUCAGUAUUGGGUUGGAGAGGUGGGAUGGUGGAGAGAGUGAUGCAAGUGGUGCUAGAACUCCAUCUAGGGUGAGUGAUCUUGAUGAGGAUUUGAUGGCUUCGCGUGUGGAUGAUGCUGCUGCUGCUGAAACCCAGGGUCAGCUUCUGCCUCUCAAAGCACCUAAGAAAGCAAAGAGGCAGGGUGAGACUAUUAACAAAGGACACAAGAAUUAUGAGCUCAUGCUCAAUUUGCAGCUGGGAAUCAGGCAUUCUGUUGCAAGGCCUGCUCCCACAGCAUCCCUUGAUCUGAAGCCUUCAGCUUUUGAUCCCAAGGAGAAAGUGUGGACAAGAUUUCCACCCGAAGGGUCCAAAUAUACUCCACCACAUCCAUCGUGUGACUUUAAGUGGAAGGACUAUUGCCCGGUAGUUUUUAGAGCUCUUAGGAAGCUAUUUAAGGUGGACCCAGCUGAUUACAUGUUAUCCCUAUGUGGAAGUGCGGCCCUUCGAGAACUUUCUUCUCCAGGAAAAAGUGGCAGCUUCUUUUACUUGACCAAUGACGACCGUUAUAUGAUUAAGACGAUGAAGAAAGCUGAAGUGAAAGUUCUAUUGAGAAUGCUUCCGGCCUAUUACAAUAAUUUUCGAGACCACGAAAAUACUCUUUUGACAAAGUAUUAUGGCUUGCAUUGUGUAAAGUUAAAUGGACCUAUUCAGAGGAAGGUUCGGUUUAUCAUAAUGGGAAACCUCUUUCGUUCUCAGUAUAUCACCCAUAGACGCUACGAUUUGAAGGGUUCUUCACUUGGACGCACCUCAGAUAAGCCUGAGACUGAGAUUAGUGAAACCACCAUACUUAAAGAUCUUGAUCUUAAUUUUAUAUUUCGACUGGAGAAGCCCCGGUUUCAAGACUUUUGCAGUCAAAUUGAUAGGGACUGUGAGCUUCUGGAACAGGAGGGAAUUAUGGACUAUAGUUUGCUAGUGGGCAUUCAUUUCAAAGAUAUAUCGCCAGAUGGGGAAGUUAUUCCUUUACAAUCAGGAGCUCCUGCUACUGUUGAUUCAGAAAAUGAAGAAACUCCCCAAACUUCAAGCGAAGACACCGAUCAACUUCCUCCUAAACCUUCAAGUGUCAAAUUGGGUAUGAAUAUGCCAGCAAGGAUUGAAAGGACAGUGAGAAAAAGUGGUUGCGAAUUACAACUUGUAGGAGAACCAAUUGGAGAGUUCUACAAUGUUGUGUUGACUUUUGGUAUCAUUGACAUACUUCAAGACUAUGACAUUAGCAAGAAGCUUGAGCAUGCCUACAAAUCCAUUCAAUAUGACCCGACCUCAAUAUCAGCUGUGGAUCCUAUACAAUACUCAAGGCGUUUUCGUGAUUUCAUAUUUAAAAUAUUCACUGAAGAUUCUUGAAAAGUAUACAUGAUUUUGCAUUUUCUCAUUUGGAUACAACAUGGUUAUAAAUAUCCAAUGCAAAAAUGGCAGUGUUGGGUUGUUGCAAGUUACACCCCUCCUAGCCUUAAUUUUGAUCCACAUGAAUUGGGGUACUAAUUCAAACCUAUUGUUUAUUGUACGUUCUUAAUUUCCUUCAUUCCUUGUAUAGUACAAACGUACAGUAUAAAUAGUAUACAUGAACACUGAACACAUCAUUGAAAAUGUUGAAAGCAAGAGCGACUAUGUAUGUGCAUCUUGUGCACACUUGCUAGAAUAUAAUAUUGUAUCCUUUUUUGGUAAUUCUUUUCUAAGAGAUGGAGAAGGGUGACAGAGAAUUCCAAAUUUUUGUAUCUGAUUGAGAUGUACAUAAGUGAAUGGAAAUAGAUCAUUGUAUAUGUUUACUA